AUGUCGGGAGCCGACUGGCCGCCGUCGUUGCGGGAGUUUGCGAGCCGGACGUUUGCUGCGUGCUCGGAUGCGAACCGCAAGCAGGUCAGCGAUGAGCUCAAGGCGCUGAUUUUUGCCGCAUUCCAGGACGGGACGCUGCACACGAAAGACUGGAAACGCGUCCAGCUUGCGAGCCUCGCGCCGGGCGGAAAGAAGCGGUCUGCGGACGCGCUCGCGCGCGUGCCGGGGCCGCCGCCGCCGGGUCCGCCGCCGCCGCCAGGGCCGCCGCCGAGGCCGGGGCCGCCGCCGCCGCGGCCGGCGCUCGCGCAGCCGUCGUCGCCCGCGACGCCCCUCUCCCCUGCGCGUGGCCGCGCGCCGAAAAAGGCCAAAAAGGCGCACGCGGCGCUGCACGAGGACCCGUCGCGCAAGGCGAUGCGCCUGCGCCGCUUUGAAGAGGAGCAGGCCGCGUUCCAGCGCGAGCAGGAGGAGGACAUGCAGGCGGCGCUGGCCACGACGAGCCUCGCUGGCCGCCUCGGCGCGCCGGCGGCGCGCGCCACGCCGCCGCUCUCGGCGGACCCCAACGUGAUCGACUGGGACGAGUACACGGUCGUCGGCACCUCGACCAAGCUCGAGAAGCCCUACCUGCGCCUCACCUCUGCCCCCGAUCCCAAGACGGUGCGCCCGCUCGCGACGCUGCGCCAGACGCUCGAGCUGCUCAAGACCAAGUGGCGCGCCGAAGGCAACUAUGCGUACAUCUGCGACCAGUUCAAGAGCAUGCGGCAGGACCUGACGGUGCAGCGCAUCAAGAACGACUUUACGGUCAAGGUGUACGAGAUCCACGCGCGCAUUGCGCUGGAAAAGGGCGACCUGGGCGAGUACAACCAGUGCCAGACGCAGCUGCGGGGCCUGUACGCGUACGGCCUGCCCGGCGCCUCGAUCGAGUUCCUCGCGUACCGCAUCCUGUACCUCUUGCACACACGCAACCAGCGCGAAGUCAAUGCGCUCAUGGCCGAGCUCACGCCCGCGAUGAAGGCCGAGCCGCCGGUCGCCCACGCGCUCGCGGUGCGCGCGGCGAUGCGCACCGGCAACUACCACGCGUUCUUUGUGCUGUACAAGGACGCGCCGAACAUGAACGCCUACGUUAUGGACCACUUUGUGGAGCGCGAGCGCGUCCAGGCGCUGCUUGUCCUCGCCAAGAGCGAGCGGCCCAGCUGCCCGCUGUCGUGGAUCGCCGCCGAGCUGGGGUGGGCGUCGGUCGGCGACGCGGACGCCUUUCUCGCGACGCUCGACGCGGCACUGUAUACAGAAAACGGCCCCCUUGCGGACGCCCAGUGGGACACGAAGCGCGCGGGCGACGCGCUCGUGCGCGCCGCCGAGCGCUUCCGCAAGGUCGACAUCAAGGGCCAGCUGUAG